AUGGCGAAGACGUAUCAACCUAUUGACAGUAUCGCAAGUCAUAGUAUUUGGCGCAAGUGGGUGUUGAGCUGUUUUGCGGUCGUUCUUUGUAUCCUGUUCUGGAAUAUAGCAACUUACACCUUUUCUGACGAAGAGACAACUAAUGAUUUUGACAGUAAGGUGCAAAUUGACGACACACAGUCAGCAUCCGCGGGUAUAGUUGAUGAUUACCAAGAAACUAUGACAGAAGAACAGAUAAAUCUUAAAUAUUGUGGUUCUCCUGUGUGUAAGUUCAUGUUUCCAGUAUUCGUGAAUGAACAAGAAUCGAGAGCACGACUGCACAUGAGAAGGCUAAUUAUUCUAGCUCAAGAAACCGGUCGAGCGUUAGUCUUACCUAACGUUGAACAUUCACGAUACAGUACAUGCCAGACUUACUCUUUCGAUUAUUAUUAUUCCAUCGAAGCAAUGCGGCAGUCAUCGCCAAACACCACAUUCAUUACGCAAAGCCAGCUUCUUUUGUGGAGCCAAGAGAUGAAAGCAAUCAGGGCUAGAAUUCCCACCGUGAAUAUUGUUUACUUGAACAAGACUGGCAAAAACGAUCUCGACAGGAUUGUAUCUGAACAGAUAAAUCUCGAGGUCUAUAAAAAAGAUUACUGCCUGCAACCAUUCGAUUACUUGUCAUAUGGAGAUGAACUAGAGACUAAUAUCACAGCGUUCAGAGUAUUUGCUAGACAACCAACCGCAGAAAAUAUCGUGACUGCAGUCGCCGUUGCACAAUUUGUAAUUAAUAGUCUAAGAUCGAUCCAAUCAGAUGUCAUAUUCGUACACUACCAUUUCCGCAGGUUUAAUUGCCCACAAGUGCAACAUAUACCUGCACCGCUUCAAUAUGCCGAUCAUCUGAUUGAGCGGGCAGAAACUAUAUCAACGUUCCUUUAUCCAUAUAUCGCAAUUCAUUGGCGGAUGGAAACGGCUCGCCCAGAAAAGCUUGUUAGUUGCAGUAUUCGGUUACUAGAAUAUGUUCAACGCAUUAAGAAAGAACAAAAAAUAAGCAAUGUAUACGUUGCUACGGAUUAUCCAAUUGAUGGUGGUGACAUUCAUUCAGGGUCAUUUUUGGAACUAACAGAAGAUCACCAUAGAGCAGCGAAGAUGGUCGUAAACAAUCUAGACUUUUACACAUGGCAACGCCUCAAUACUACACUUCCUCCCUUCGAAAACGACGAAUUUGUUGCGAUUGGCAAAAAACCCGUUGAUAAGGAAAGAUUAGGCGUGUUGGCAAUUUGGGACAAGUUAGUUCUGAUGCAUGCUAAUUGGUUUGUCAGUGGCCCAGUUGGAUGUUGCCGAUCAACAAGCUCUUAUACUGCCCAGGUGGUGAAAGGCAGAGGUACGAUUAUGGAGUAUCAAGGACCUCUCGGUGAAGAACCACCGAAAGAUGCUCUGCUUAAUCUUUGGGAUACGUGGUAG